AUGGAGUAUCAGCGGCUCCGGCUGCAGCCCCCCUCGGCGGCUGUGUCUCCCUUAAAGACACAGUCUGAGUCACUAUACUGGAGAAACCAGUUCCAGUCUCCUGUUUUCUUGAAAGAGUUCGCGCCUGUCACCUCGAUUCACUUUGUCCCGGCGAGCCAUGCCACCGACGAGGAUGUCGCCUCCAGCGGCUCUCUAUCUGGCGCCCGGGGUCGCUUUGCUGUGACAACAGGCACACGUGUACAAAUUUACAGCAUGCGGACGAGUCGCGUGGUCAAGACGAUCACCCGGUUCAAGGAUGUGGCCCGCAGCGCUCAUUUCCGUGCGGAUGCCCGUCUUCUGGUGGCCGGUGAAGACACAGGUGCGGUGCAAAUUUUUGAUACAAACUCUCGAACCAUACUGCGCUCUUUCCAGGGGCAUCAGAUGCCUGUCCAUGUGUCCAAGUUUUCACCUGAUGUGGCACAGGUUUUGACAGCGUCGGACGAUCGGACUGUGCGCUUGUGGGACAUGCCAGAACAAAAAGAACUGCGUCGCCUCGAUUCACACACAGACUAUGUGCGCGCCGGUGUCGUGUCACCCGAAAACCCCAACAUGAUCUUGUCCGGCUCCUACGAUAGCACCGUUCGGCUAUGGGAUCUCCGUAUGGGUGAACACGGUGGUGAAGCCAUGCGCAUGGAGCACGGAGCUCCGGUGGAAGACGUGAUCAUAUACCCCACUGGUGGGGGUGGCAUUGCUGCUAGUGCUGGCGGCCCCGUUCUCCGGGUCUGGGACUUCAUGAGUGGGGGUCGGUGUAUGCAUGCCAUCUCGAAUCACCAAAAGACCAUCACGAAACUUGCCCUGUCCGUGGAUUCAGGAGCUGGAUUCACGUCGGACCAGAAUAGCGGUGGUAUGCGCCUGCUGAGCGGUGGCUUGGACCAUCUCGUGAAAGUGUAUGAUCCUGCCCAGGACUAUCGCGUCACACAUACCAUGCGCUACCCCGCCCCUAUUCUGAGUCUCGCUGUGAGUCCCGACGAAAGUCAUAUUGCUGUGGGCAUGUCCGAUGGGACACUGUGCAUCCGCAAGCGUGUGCUCAAGGCCAGUGAGCUGGAAAGCCGAGAGCGUCGGCGCGCGGCGUUCCGCACUGGCGCGUACGAGCACUUUUUGGACGCAGGGCAUGGAAGUGUUGGGCCAGAGCGAGCAAGUGCUGCGACACGCACAGACGAGCUAUCGGUGGAAUCCACGCGUCGGCAGCGUUUGAAGCUAUACGACCAGCUGCUCAAGGCUUUCCGGUACCGUGAUGCUCUCGAUGCGAGCUUGCAACAGGGUGUGCCUGCUGGAGUGACGUUUGCCCUGAUUAUGGAGCUUAUUCGGCGCUCCCCUAGCGGACAAGCGGACGGCCUUCGGCGUGCCAUUUCUGGACGCGACGAUGUGACCCUAGAGCCACUUCUCCGGUUUCUAUUGCGGCAUGCGACUAACCCCCAAUAUACAAGCCUGGUGUGCGAUGCCUUGACGAUCGUCAUUGAAACUUAUGCAUCGGUCCUAGGCCAGUCUCCUAUCAUUGAUGAUCUAUUUGGGCGCAUUUGGAGCAAACUGUCUGAGGAGAUGCGACUCCAAAACCAGCUCUUCCAAGUAAAUGGUGCUCUUGAGAUGAUUCUCGCGCGCUCUGCUCUUGGUGCAGCCACCUCGUAG